CCUGGUUGCGGUGGGCGCAGUUGACGUCGUCCUCGACCACCACCACUGCCUCCAACAAUGUCGUCCUCGUUCGCCAAGGCUCUCUCGCCAGCCAUCCGUGAGGUUCGCAUCUUGUGCUGCCAGACAGGUGCGGCAUCCGCCGGUACCAGGCAAUUCAUCACCUCGACAUAUCCUGUCUUGAAGCAGCACAACCCGGAUUUGCCUGUUCUCAUCCGAGAGGCGAAGGGUACUCCUGCACGGGUAUUUGCGCGGUUUGAGCGUGGCGUAGAGAAGCACGUAGAUGUUGAGAAUCUGUCUGAAUCCGACGUUGCGUCCCGGAUCGCACAGUUGCUGAGUGUAUGAUGGUCCGACGCGUAUUCAUCUCUUGAAGCUGCAUUAACUUUGGUUUACUGGUAUCAACCGUGAGAGACGUGAAGACAACAGAACAAGCAGUACCG